CCCAACCACGCCAAACUGCUGCCCUCUGCCGCAAGUGCGGCGGGACAUGGAGACCCGGAAAUGGGAGCCCGCCAUGGUGUUGACGUAUCCAAGAGUGAAAGAUCGGCGGUGUGGAGGUUAAUACCUAUUAAAGUCUCCGUUGUCCCCAAUCUUUAAACCCCCAAUCUUUUUGCACAGACAAACUCGCACCGAAACAAUUACUCAACUAAACCGAACUUCUCGAAAGCCGAACGCCCAACCCUAAAUCCACCACCAUGCGCUUCCCCAUCUCAGUCGUCACCCUCGCAGCGGCGGUCACCGCCCUGCCCAGCCAGCAGGCGAGGGCACCAACCUUCACGUCUAAGGGCUUCAACCUCUACGCCCACGUCACCGGCGGCAACAGCUCGCUCGCGGAGUCUGUCGAGGGCAUGACCCUCAGCACGGCGCACACGGGCGCCGCCAUGAACGCAGCGGUGCUCUCGCACACGAGCGUGCGGCUCUUCUACCAAAACGGCACGGCCGAGAGCGGCACCAGCAGCAUCGUCACCGACGGCGGCAGCCCCCCCUCCAUCCCCUUCAGCCUGGCGGUGCAGCCCGCGGGCGAGCCGCGCCGGAUCCUCGACAUCGACGUCGGCUCCGGCACCCCCAACUUCGUCAGCGCCGAGGGCACGCUCCAGAACGCCAUCGCCGAGGGCUCCUUCCUGGCCUGCGACGCCGUCAUCCCCUACUACAACCGCGUCUUCACCACCCUGCAGUUUGUCUACGGCAAGGCGGACCCGGCCACCCUGGCGGAGUGCGUCACCAUCCAACUGGUGGCCAAGUGCGCCGAGCUGAAUGAGCUGCCCGAUGAGGGCAGCCUGUCGAGCCACGAGUUUGCCGUAGAUGUCAAGUGCGAGGCCUGAGUUGUGGGAUAGGAGAUGAGGAUGGGUUUGGAUCUCUAUAUUUUGUGUGUUAUCCUGAAUAGAGUCUGCCGCCAUAAUAUUGAACAAGUAGAGCGCUUCGCGCGACGUUCCGUUGCCGAGUCGACUCACACUGGGUCCUAUAAAUGUUCCAAGCCUUGCAUUAACGUUC